AUGCAGACCGGAGUACAACUAGCUUUGUUUUUGACCCUCACAAUAGCAGCGGUCUACGGAGAGACUGGAUUUUUCCUGAACACACGUCGCGUCCAGGAAAAUGCACAGCCAAUCGAGGCGGAAGUGGAGGCUCUGGUAAGGAGCUCCUUCUAUGCCGCAGAUCCAACAGUCGUAACUAUUCCCCGCUGGCUUGGCAAUAUCUCCUCGCCGGAAAUCCCCGCGGUGGUUUCUGCCCGACUUCAGCAGCAGGACAGCAAUAUAAUCAGUGUUGAUCUAUCUGAAGCCAAUGAUGAAACAGAGAUCAUCGACAGCGUGGCCAGUUUGGUGAUCGUUCUACACAAUCAAUUCGAUAUGCCACUGGAUCGCAUUCUGGUCGUGGGCUUCGCGGAGGGCGCCCAUUUGGCAGGUGGGGUGGCUGCCAAGGUGCAGCAGGACCUGGGUCGCCAGUUGUCGCAGAUUACAGCUCUUGAUCCUUCCUCUGGCGCGGAACUAGACCACAAGCUGUCCCAAGCCGAUGCUGAGUUUGUGGAGGUUGUGCACACAAAUGCCGGAGGAGAGGGCACUUGGGAGCGACUGGGUCAUGUGGACUACUAUCCCAACGGAGGACAAACGCAGCCUGGCUGCACCACGGACUCCUGUUCGCACGAGAGAGCCUUCGAGCUGCUCGCCGAGAUGUGGUCGCCGGAGAAUGACUUUGUGAGCGCCCGUUGUGGUUCGGUGGAGACUUUAAGUGCCUCCAGCUGCCGCUGGUCCACACACAAAAUGGGCCAAAAACAGGAGGAGGAGCAGCCUGCCUCAGGCAUCUAUUUCCUGGAGACCCGACAGUCCUCACCCUUCUCCCGUGGAGCAUACUUCAUAAGCUUCCUGUAAGCUGCGGAUCCAAUAAAAAAGCCAAACGAAUAAAGGAAACAAAGGAGC